AUGCUUUCCGCCCGUCGAGGCGCAGCCAGGGAGCUGCUGGCGUCAGCUCCAUACCCCAACGGUCCUAUCGCUGGACCUUCGCGUCCAAGACAUUCUUCCACAGCUAUCGCUCCAUCCACUUCGGCCGCUGCCUCGAGCAUAGCCAGCAAGCGCCACUCGCUCGCCAAGAUCCGCGACUCAUCCGCUUACGUCGCCCGUUACCGCACCCUCGGCGCAUCCGCACAUCCUCUUCUAUCUUCAGCACCUACAACGGCGAGCCAUGCUGCGUCGCAUGAAGCCUCGACCUCCACGGCGAGCCAAGCAUCCAUCAGCACCACUUUGCCCUCGGCCACCAGCAGCACCGUUCUCGACACUUCAGGGCCCGCCGCGUAUCCGGCAUCCACCUCAGUGCGCUCGAAGUCCACCAACGCAUCCGAUCAGCUAGAUGACACAUGGGCCUUUGGCGGUGGUGCCAGGAGUCAGGGAGGUCCAGUCGGCGCCUCAACAGAAGCUGGCGAUGCGGCAUCCAAAGGAAAAGCAGCCAACGCGCCCAUCGUGAUGGGAAACGCAGGCAAAGGUGCGAUCCCAAACUAUGGCAAGCGCAAGAUGAACACCAUUCACGUCUCUGGUCCAGCUUCCUCCGGCUCAUCUCGUCCACCGGCACCGCCCUCACCGGCUUCGACGGAAGAGACGCCAUCCUCUCGAUACGAGCAUCGCUACUCUCCCUCGACACGCAGCGAGCAGCCUCUACCGCAGCACACCUACUUUUCGUCGCCUUCGUCCUCUUUCAACGCCUCGUCUUUUGUAGCGCCGGGUACGCAGCCGCCCUUGGCUGGCACAGCCACAGCUGGCGUCGGUCAAGGUCACCCUGGCAUCGGCAUCGUACGCAAAAAGUCGGCUCUCAUCUUUCCCGGUCAAGGGUCGCAGUACGUUGCCAUGUCCAAAGACCUCUACAAGGCUUUCCGCUCUGCGAGAUCCAUCUGGCAUCAGGCGGAAGAGGCGCUCAUGAUGACGCCGGGUAUCCACUCGCACCACUUCAUCCAAGGCGAGCGCGCCACGAGCGCAGAGCAGAGGGAGCUCUUCGAAGCCGAGCUGGCAAAGACGCGGCAUCUCGACCCGAAGCAAGGCCUGUCAGCCAGUGGCACAGCCGUGGCGAGGGGUAGGAGGGGCUGGUUGCGCGAUCUUGUCUUUUCAGGCGAUCAGCUCGAACUGACUCGAGCUGAGAAUGCACAGCCUGCCAUCCUGACGUGUACGCUGGCGUUCUUGCAGGUGCUUCGCAAGGAGUUCUCGCUCGAUCUCAUUCAGGACCACGUCGAGUGGGCGUCGGGUCACGGCUCGGGUGUGUAUGCGGCGCUGGUGGGGUCGGGUGCGAUGGAUCUGCAUGAUGCGGUGCGGCUGCUGCGACACCGUGGUCUGGUGGCUUCGCACUACACGCACAAUCAUCCAGUGCUUUUCCCACCUGGCUGUAAGAAGCCUGAGAGCAUCUACGAGACCUGGGCGUUUGCCAAUGCGGGAAGCGGUAAGGGCGCCGACCUGCUCUAUGAGGAGGAGGUUGCUGCUUCGGACGGCGAGACGAAGGCGGUUCCGGGGUGGAAACGCACGCAGAUGUCUGGUGUCGUCGUGCGACCUGGCAAGCUCAAUGCGGUGAUCAGGGAGGUGGAGCAGGUGAUGCAAGACAUUCGCAACGGCAAAGUCCCCUCGGUUGCACGCGACGAGGUGGUCGAAGUGGCCAACAUCAACAGUCAGCUUCAGAUUGUUUUGUCGGGCACGCGCGUCGGUGUUUCGUACUGCUGCGAUCGGUUGCGGAGCAAGAAUCUGGGAGCGCGGGCGGUGAACCUGCCGGUAUCGGGGGCGUAUCAUUCGAGCCUUAUGACCGAGGCGUCGGACUUUUUGCGACCCGCGGUCAAGUAUAUGCCGCUUUCGGAUGCGGAGGGAUUCUCGCUGGUGAGUUCGAAGGAUGGGAGCGUGGUGCGGGAUAGCGAGGCGAUCAGGAGGGAUCUGGCGGGCGCAUUUGCCAGGCCGGUGCAUUGGUUGAGCAGUGUAGAUACGCUGUUGGCGCAGGGGGUGGAGAGGUUCAUCUGUUUAGGCCCGGGUAGGGCGUGCGCGCAUCUGUUGAGUAAGGAGCUCGCGUAUAGGGAUAGAAGGAGGGAGGCGGAGGGCGGGGAGAAGGGGCAGAGCGGGUAUGAGGUUUGGAGCUUGGCGACGGUGGAGGAUGUGGAGCAGCUGGCGGAGGCAUUGGUGGAUGUGUCGGGGAGGGAGGGGGUGAUGCUGCCGAGUAAGGGGGUGGAUAUGGAUCGGUUGGUGGCGGAUUAA